GGCCGAUUCUCAGCCGCCUCUGCCGCAGAGUGGGGUUUCCGUUUUCCAAUAAGCGCCACUCGAAACGAGAGGUACGAAGUGUUCAAUCAACUCACGCUUCUGAUUCUCUCCAUCGCUCACUCCCACUACCCGCGUUUCCGUCAAUCGUCACCGGAGUUGGCCGCUUCUAGGGCCACUGAACGUUCCAAUCGACGAACAUGGCGAUCGUCGGCGUUCUAGCUUUGCAGGGAUCUUUUAACGAGCACAUCUCAGCUUUGAGAAGGCUUGGAGUGAAGGGCGUAGAGAUAAGGAAGCCCGAGCAGCUUCUUAAUGUAGCUUCUUUGAUCAUCCCCGGCGGGGAAAGCACCACCAUGGCCAAACUUGCUGAGCUCCAUAAUCUGUUUCCUGCUUUGCGAGAGUUUGUAAGAAUGGGGAAGCCUGUCUGGGGCACAUGUGCAGGGCUUAUCUUUUUAGCAAACAAAGCUACUGGACAGAAAACCGGCGGACAGGAAUUAGUAGGAGGUCUUGAUUGUACUGUCCACAGAAACUUCUUUGGAAGUCAGCUUCAAAGCUUUGAGGCAGAGCUCUCGAUGCCAGAGCUUGUGGCUACAGAAGGUGGUCCAGAAACAUUUCGUGGAGUUUUCAUCCGAGCUCCUGCAAUUCUUGACGUGGGACCAGAAGUCCAAGUUCUGGCUCACUGCCCUGUCUCCUCAAACUCUAACGUGAAUUCAAAUUCCACUGGCGAAGACAAAGAGGAAAAAGGAUCAGAAAGUAAAGUGAUUGUAGCGGUGAGGCAAGGGAACUUGCUGGCAACUGCCUUCCAUCCUGAAUUAACAUCAGAUAGUAGAUGGCACAGUUACUUCUUGAAGAUGGCUGGUGAAGUUGAUGGAUCCUCAAGUAGUAUAGCAAUCGAAGGAGUCGACAAUGCAAGACUCGAAAGAUCAAAGAGUGACCUUCCUAUAUUUCUUUAGUUUAAACAAAGUGAAACCCCACCCCACCAGAACUCAUAUUUACAUUCUUAAGUUUCAUUCUAGGUUCAUUGGAUUUAUUCUGCAGCCUGCACCAGGUUUUAUCUUCCUUAUGCUAAGUUACACAAUAUUCUUCUGUUGUAUUCCUUUCAAAUUGCUGGUACUCUGUGUAGGAGGUUCUGUACAUGGAGUUUAAUUUUAAAAAAAGGCAUUUCCUUUUGCACUGGAUUAAUCA